AUGGGCAUUAGCAGCAGCAGGAUGAGUCUGUUUCAUCAGUUUGCUUUGUUGGUUAUGGGCAAUCACAAUAACAAUGACAAUAACAAACAUACAAAUGAUGACCCAUCAUCACAACUCAAAGAAGAUGACGCAUCAUCGUCAUCGACCAAACUCUCAAAGCUCGACAAUUCGGUUGAUGGUUGGAUAUCAGAAACAGAGAGAACUCUGGUCUUAUCGAAAAACACGGACUCGUCCAAUCUUCCUCGUUGGCUUGUGCAAGAGCUCUUAUUUUUGGACGAUGAUGCGACUGGUGGCGACGACGAGGAGGAGGAGGAUUGUCACAGGAUGGAAACUCAUCUGAUAAACAACGAAAAUACGAAGGAAGAUUUUCUGAUAAAAGGCGUCCCACAACGACCACUCUACAAGGAAUUGGCAUUACGCUUGUUUCGAUGGAAUCAACGGAUACAACAACAACAACAACAACAACAACAACAACAACAAUCAAAGGCAACCGUGACAACGACAACGAAACAGGAGGAAUCAUCCUCAUCAUCACCGAUCCCAUUGUUGGUACCUGCCGAACAAAUUAAUUUGGAAGAACUAGACACUGCCACAAACUGGGCUCUAUCGUGUACUCCGCCACCAUGUUCGGUCCAUGAACUUGGUCCCUGGUUUCAGCAAGUAGACUCAUUUUCCAUUCUUCGAUUGUUGGGUAUGCGACACACCAUUGGGAGUCACAAUGAUAAUGAUGAUGAUGAUGAUGAUGAUGAUGAGGAUGAUUCCAAGAUGAUUCCAUCACGGCACCGAUUGUUGCAAGCUUGUCGUGCGAUUCACAAACCGAAUCGAUCCAAAUUGACGGUCGCGGCCCGGGCUCGAUCCAAGCAUGCGCAUCGGGCGGGGCAAGCCUUAUCCUACUUUGGAACGGCGACUGGACCCGCCGAGGUGCAGAACGAACAAACCGAGGCCAUUCUUCAGAAACUCUUGGCAGAUGCCAUUUGGAUCAAUCGGCAUCGGUUUGUGGGCCUGCAGGAUGGAGCAGUGGCCCUUGAAAUUCGAGUGCUGGAAGGAUAUGGAGCUCGUUGGAUUCUGGACAACAACAACAACAACAGCAACAACAAUAGUAAUAGUAGUACUAUUACCUUUCGUGGAUUUUUGGAACCCCAAAUGAAAGAUGGUCACGAACGAAAAUGGCGGCAUUGA